UCUUGUUGUUGGAGGCGCCCACAGGCCGUCUCCUGGGCGCUUUUCUCCUGCCUUGGCUUGGAUGACAUGACAACGGCCACGUGAUCCACAAACACAGCGCUCUCGGGCCAGCCCAGCCUCCUCUCUGUGGAAGGAGCCGGAGGCUUGUGCUGCUGAGAUGAGUGGGGCCCCCCGGCCCCCGUUCCCCCGUGGCUGUGGGCUCCUGCAGCGCGCCUGGGAGAAAGCCUAUCGGGACCACAGGAGAAAGGUCCAGGACGCCCGGCCACUCGUGGACACCUGCGCCCCCCCGACUUUUCCCCACCUCCACCUGAGACUCAAGAGGCUGAAGCUGGAGCAGGAGCGGCUCUCCGCCAUCGAGAGGGACAACCGCCUGCUGCUGGAGAGGGUGGCCCGUGUCAUGAGGACCCGGGGACAGACGGGCAGCAGAGCCGGCCCCACGCGCAGGAGAUGUCAAGAAAAUGCCCGGUGCCUCCGUGUCCAGUCCCCCCACCGGUCCCCUUGGUCACCCUGCUCCUCCCCGUCACAGAAGGGAGCCAGCCCAGGCCGGGAGCAGGGCUCCUGCAGGUAGAGCCAACGGCAGGAGAACAGCGGCCCUGGAAACAGCCCCUGUGUCCACAGCCCGACGCCGCGCUUGCCUGUCCCGCCCGCUGUGCAACCGGAACCGAAACUGAAAUUCACCCAGGGCACCGCCAAGCCUGGCCCUGAAAGAGAAGUGGGGCUGGCUCAGAACACGAACCAGGAAAGCAGGCCCCCGGGAAGUGGUGACGGAGAAAACCUGGGGGCCACCAAGGAGCCCCCCCAUCCGAUGCUGACCAGCGGCCUGGCACCCCCCUUCCUCACUUUGCAGUUAUCACCCCAGAGCAGCCGCUUGGCGCCCCGGUCCGACCCGCGUGUGUGGGCAAUGUUCUCCACCACAUGAUGCGGCACAGUUAUUUUCUGUGCUGCUUAGGCUGAUAACUGAAAACAAAUUAUGCAGAGUAAUAUUCAGAGUUGAAGGAUUUUGCAUUUGAUCUUUUUCCUCUGGCUAUUAAUACCCAGUAUCUGUCACCAUAUUUGGAGCUAGGGUGGCUUUGCAUAAUUACUUUAAAACCCUCUGUUACUGUAACAAAAAUUUCAAUGAAUCAGAUCAAAACUUUCCGACCCGAUGAAACGAUGACCCGACUCUCACUGCGACAUGACCUAACGUAUAAAAAGGACCCAGUGAGUCCGGGGGAGGGAAAUCAAGGGCCCAUCAGGUAAGAUCACGUUUCGACUACUGUUCUACAGCAGUGAACAUCUAACCUGCAGUUAAUGCCUCCAAAAAACGAGUUAGGAGGCUUCUGCACACCUUCACUCACUCAUCCAGCGAAACCCGCGGAUGUGUCAGACUCGAGGCCGGGGCCGGUGCACGGCGUCUCGGCCUCACGGAGCUGGCAGCCAGCGCUCCAGGCGCCACGCGUCCGGCUGCUCUCUGCCGUGGGUAGCCCUCACUAUCCAUUCAGGGUGAACUUAAAAAAAAAGCACCAGCAGCAAUCUGAGGUCCUUCAAGUGGUGUUAGGGUUAGGGUGUAGGAGGCAGACAGGCUGGGACGUGAGCCGUGGCUGCUCUGCCCGUGUGGCCACAGGACCGUGAGCAGCUACUCAGGGCCCUCCCUGCACGGCAGCUGGUGCCGGAGCCUCAUCCUGGCAGGAGGCGGGAGCUCCUCAGCCGGCCCAGCCCUUCACAGCGCGCUCCCGGGAUCCAAGCUCCCCUGGGCACAGCGCAUUUACGGACAGUCUGCAUCUGUGGUGGAGACAGGAUAGAAGGGUGAUCUCUCAGUGGAGACUAUGUCCUUGGUUUGCAAACUUCACCUUCACACCUCCCUCUUUAGGUGGCUGUGUAGG